AUGCUGUCCUCCAAGAGCGACGUGACAGACAAUCAGUCCAACACUUCUGCUUUGUCACCUAGGCCCUCGCUGCCGUCGUCGUGCAUCCUGUUUUCAACAGACAGGGUCGCCCUCGUCGACAUUCCAACUUCCAUCGCCGAUGCUCAGCAAAACUCUUCUCGACACUCGACCUCAUCUCUUAUUUCGUGCAGUCCUCGAACCGCUCCAUACCCAAGCCAUGAACCAAAUUCAGAAGCUGCACGCUACAAACUGCGCCAAAAGAUGGCCACUGAACAUGAUGAUCUGUAUGCCCAGUUAAUCUCUUCUUCUCUGGCCGUCAUUCGCCAAAACUACUCUGGUCCUUGGUUGCUACCGCGUACUGUUAUUUCACAAGCAGAACACUCUCUGCCACAUAAGCGCAAGUUCAAUGACCCUUCGUCCGAUGCCGAGUCAGUGAGGGAUGAUCUACUGCAACAGCUUGUAUCCGACACCACAGGCUCCUUUGCCUUUCGCUGGAGGCAUAUGGAUCAUCACGCAAGUGAACCCCUGCUUGAAACAUCCCCUUGGCCGAAGUACCUGUACAAUUCGUCGAAUGAUGCUCGAAUCCUUGACAUCAAGUCAACCUCGAUGCACACUCCUGCCAGCUUUUACGUUCCGCCAGGGGCUGCUUUCUAUCUCGGCGAUUGUUCGAGCUCGCGGCCCUUUCAUCUGGCCGUUAAACAUGUCGCCGAGCAACUCGACACUCCUCGACAAUUUGACGUGAUCGUGAUGGAUCCUCCCUGGCCUAACGCUUCUGUCAGGCGCACUGAGAAAUCCGGAAGAUCAGCCUACCAAGUUUCCCNNCCCACCGUCUGGGAUGUUAGGCAACUAAUCUUCGAGAUGGACAUUGAUGUUCUCCUGGCCAACGAGGGUGUGAUUUGUAUUUGGAUCACCAACAAACCAGCGGUCCGCGAUCUUGUACUUGGCGAAGAUGGGCUGUUUGACAGUUGGGACGUGCAGCUGGAAGAAGAAUGGUUGUGGGUCAAGACAACAACCGAGGGUGAGCCCGUCUCCUCUCUGGAUGCUCUUUGGAGGAAACCGUAUGAAGUGCUCCUUAUUGGGCGCAAACAUGACCCAAGGAGAAGUGAUCAACACGUCAACUUAACCGACAGUUCCAAGGUCGAACGAAGGGUGAUAGUCGGUCUUGCUGAUCUGCACUCCCGGAAGCCUUGCUUGGAAUCCCUGUUUAGACGGUUUGCGAUCAGCCCGCCAUCAACAUCAACAAAACAACGCAUUCUUGAGUGCUUUGCGAGAUAUCUUAUAAUUAUGGAUCACGACACGAGCACACGAGCUUCCUUCACGACCUUAUCCAAAGCAUCUCGCCUCUUGGACAUUUUCGCCAAGCUCUAA